GUAUGUUUGUGCUUCGAAAUCUUCAAGAAGUCUCGUGUUGUGUUGAGAAUGCGAGGAGGUUGACAAACUGUAAGGAAUUCGGCCGACUUUGUAGGUAGCGAAGCGAGGCGUACCCUUCGCACUCGAGGCACUGUACGAGUAGGUAAGCUGCCUCGGGGCGGGAUUCCUUGGCAAGGCAAGGACGGCUGUUUGCCGUGUUUGCUCCACGCGAAUUGGCCGCUGCCAAGAGCGAGGAAAGUCAUGCAGGAGCUCCAUUGAGGUUGAGAUACUUUGUUGCUCAACUUUACAGCAAUAACAGGAACGAUGAAUGCUUCAAGCACCUUUUUACGGCAGAGCCGGAGCUUGAAGUCCUAUUCUUCUAGUGUUUCAAGGAAUUUACGGCCAUCGAUCAUUCAGAGCUGUCCAGCAUGCCGGCACAUCUCGCGAAGCACCCCGCGAGCGAAAGCUCAACCAGCAGAUAGUCCUGAUUUCAUGUCCAUAGUAGACAAUCCUCCCAAUCUCGUACGCUCAGGCAAGAGACAUGGCCCGGGCCUUAUAAUACUCGCUCUAAUACCCAUCACUGCCUUCGCAAUGGGAACAUGGCAAGUCCAAAGACUGGACUGGAAAUCUAAACUGAUCGCCAAGUUCGAGGACCGCCUCGUCCGCGACCCUCUUCCCCUCCCGCCGCAAAUCGACCCGAAUGCCAUCCACGACUUCGACUACAGGCGCAUAUACGCCACUGGUAUUUUCAGACAUGAUCAAGAAAUGCUGAUCGGGCCGCGUAUGCACGACGGUACAGAUGGAUAUCUUGUUGUCACGCCGCUGGAGAGGAGAGGGGACGGGACGACAGUGCUGGUCAAUCGGGGCUGGAUACCCAGAAAGUUGAAGGCGCAGGAGAAGAGGCCAGACGGGUUACCGAAGGGGGUUGUUACGGUGGAGGGACUGCUGAGGGAGCCGUGGAAGAAGAACUUUUUCACGCCGGACAAUAAGCCCGAGAAGGGGGAGUUUUAUUUCCCGGAUGUGGUGCAGAUGGCGGGCUUGACAGGGAGUCAGGCCGUUUGGGUUGAGGAGACUAUGGAAUCUGAUCUACUGAAGUCAUGGGACAGAGAAGCCCGUGGCAUUCCAAUUGGCAGACCGGCUGAGGUCAAUCUCAGGAAUAAUCAUACACAGUAUAUAUUUACAUGGUAUGCCCUCGCUGCUGCAACAUCCGUCAUGUUGUGGAUGGUUGUGAAGAAGCCUCCUCAGGAUAUCGCCCGCCGUGUACGCCAAAACAAGGAGUGGUCGUAAAUCAUGAAAUCGUCAUAUCCACUCAUUCCUCUUCCUCGUCUACCUUAUCUAGUUGUCGCCCCUUCUUCAGUUUCGAAGGUGGCACCAUUCGCAAUUCUUGUAAAAGCUCUCUAGGGAGAUUUUUCUGGGCAAGUGAAAAUGGAGUUGUGGUUGCAUUUGUUUGGCGUUGUCUUUACUUGUAUGUUAGAUCUUGAUCAGAACUGGUGUUUCAGAAACACUUACCGAGCCAUGAUUGCGAGAAUGUCACUCUCGUCGAUGGUUUUCCUACCCGCAUGCUUUGCAUAUGCCCCCAAGUCAUCACUGACCUGUUCAAAGAACCAAUCCGAGGCUUGCAUAAUAGCAUCUAAAGUCUCCUUAUUGAUCUUCGCCUUGCUGUUUCCAGAAGUCCGGGCAAAUGUUGUUGCUAGCUUCUUCACUACUCCCGCUGGAAGUGAAGGGUAUGGUAUGCCAUGCUUCGAUAACUUGACCUUUUUCUUCUUUACCACUUUGGCCUGCGCAAUACCGGAACUUUCUGCGUCUUGCAUCGUAGUGUCGACCAUGCUGAUAUCUCCUUGCACCUCCAGCAUGCUCUCUUCUUGAUCCUCGGCAUCCAGCCCGCUCAUCUGUUCUAAGUCAACUUCGCUCUCAUGAUCCUCUUCGAGCUCUUCCUCUUCUGGGCCAUCGUUCUGGCCGUCAUCGAAUAUUGGCUCUUCGGAGACUUCUCUUGGCGGUACAUUGAAGACGAAAGUAGUCUCUGUAUCAUCCGCUGGUAUCGCUGCUGGUCUUAUGUCACUUUCUCGACGAGAUGCCAAUGACAGGCGUCCAUCUCCUAGUUCAAUCCGUCUC